AUGGCGAGAAAACCAACUUUCACAGCUCAAGAAAUCGACGUGCUGGUAGACGAGGUGGAGAGGAAGAGACUGCUGCUGUUCUCGAAGUUCAAGAACACCGUCACCAAUGCAGACAAGAAAGCAGCAUGGGAGGAGGUAGCCCAGCGUGCCAUUGCUGUUGGCCUGGGCUACAAUCGCACAGCGGAGAUGGUGCGCAACAAGUGGAGGGAUUACUCCAGCGUCACCAAGAUGAAGGCGGCGGCGUUGCGGAGGGAGCAACAGCGGACGGGCGGUGGCACCCACUCGCAGCAGAGCCUCAGUCCGAUAAAAGAGCGGGUCCUUGGUGAGGAAGCACUAGCAGGAACCCCCUGUCUUCCCCCGGAGGGUCUCACCACCCCUCCUCCCUGUCCCAAUCACCCCCAAUCCACCCGCACUGCAUCAGCAGUGUCCCCCUACCCCAGGAGAAGGCAGUCACGAAGGUGCCACAACCAUUGCGACUGCUAUGACACACACCUGAGGUACGAGGCGGAGAAGGUGGCCCUACUUCGUAGGAUUCAGGGGGACUUGACGGCACUGAGGGAGCAGCGCCAGCGUCAUCACGAGGAGGUGAUGGCCUACCGGAGGAAGAAACUGGCGCUGCUCGCAGCAGCCAGUGCCAAAACAGCGGCCCACCACAGCCCUCUCGGUACAUUAUCCACACCUCCCACCCCGGCCCUGUUCUCCCCAUCCCCAUCACCACCUCCCAACCCGGCCUUCUUCCCCGCAUCCCCACCUCCACCUCCCACCCAACCCGGCAUUCCUCUCACAUAUCCUGAACAAGGCCACGGGCCUCAUAAAUAUGGUGAUGAGGUGGAGGUGCUCGCAGGAGAGCGCCGCAGAUACAGGUCCAAUCAUUUAACCUCUCCUUAA